UGUGACUAAAUGCGGACAUUGUGGACCUUCACAACAUAAAUGUUGAUAUUUUUGUGUCUGCUUUUCAAGCUAAAACCACCUAACUUCGUCAUUCACUAACUAAACCAUAAACAAACAAAACAACUAUCACGUUUCUUUGUUCACUUCCUUCCACCGACUCAUUCACUCUCUAUUCUCUUCCUUCCAAAUCCAUCUCACUAUCUUUUUUUCUACAAUGGAAGAUAAUGAAGAAUGGGUUCUGGUGCGUGCUCCCUCACAGAAAGACUUGUGGAACCCAACUUCACCAAAUGCUGCUGAUGAAUCUUCAAGGCCCUUGAAGGUUACUUUUUCUGGGCCUGCCAAGUACUGGACAGAUGCUAUCCCCAUCGGAAAUGGUAGUCUUGGUGCCAUGGUUUGGGGUGGUGUCCAAAAUGAAGUUCUUCAGCUCAAUGAGGACACAUUAUGGACUGGGGUACCUGCCAACUACACCGACAAAAAUGCUCCUCAAGUGCUGGCUGAAGUCCGAAAACUUGUUGACGACAAAAAAUAUCCCGAAGCUACAACAGCAGCUGACAAAUUGUCAGGAGCUCCUUCUGAAGUAUACCAACUUCUUGGCGAUAUUAAAUUAGAAUUUGAUGAUUCUCAUAUUAAAUAUUCGGAAGAGUCUUAUCGCAGGGAGCUUGAUUUAGAUAAUGCAACAGCAAAAAUAAAGUACAAUGUGGGUGAUGUCGAAUUUACCAGAGAGCAUUUUGUUUCUAAUCCGGACCAAGUACUAGUGACAAAGAUUUCCACAAGCAAGCCAGGGUCAUUAUCAUUUACAGUAUCUUUGGACAGCAAAUUACAUCACAAUUCGCGGGUCAGCGGACAAAAUCAGAUAAUAAUGGAAGGAAGUUGUCCUGGCAAAAGGAUCCCGCCACAAGUGAAUUCAAGUGACGAACCAAAGGGAAUUCAGUUUUGUGCAGUUCUUGAUAUGCAGAUUAGUAAUGACAAAGGAGUUAUACAUGUUUUGGAUGAUAAGAAGUUUAAAGUUGAAGGUUCAGAUUGGGUUAUUUUGUUUCUGACAGCUUCCUCAUCAUUUGAUGGUCCAUUUACUACUCCUAAAGACUCUAAGAAGGAUCCCACUUCCGAGUCCUUGAGUAAAAUGAAGUCUGUGAAAAGCUUUUCAUAUAAUGAUAUUUACGCACGUCACUUGGAUGACUAUCAGAAACUAUUUCAUCGGGUCUCAUUGCAACUCUCUAAAAGUUCCAAGACUGUUUUAGGACAACAUACUUUGGGAGGCGAAGAUACUGUUCCAACUUCAUCAAGAGUUAAAUCAUUUCAAAAUGACGAAGAUCCUUCCUUCGUGGAGCUUUUGUUUCAAUAUGGUCGAUAUCUACUAAUCGCUUGUUCACGUCCGGGAACUCAGGUGGCAAACCUACAGGGUAUAUGGAACAAAGAUGUUGCGCCGGCAUGGGAUGGGGCUCAGCACUUGAACAUUAAUCUUCAAAUGAAUUAUUGGCCAUCCCUUUCUUGCAACCUACAUGAGUGUCAGGAGCCACUAUUUGAUUACAUUUCCGCUUUGUCUGUCAAUGGUAGUAAAACUGCAAAGGUGAACUAUGAAGCAAAUGGUUGGGUUACACAUCAAGUUUCUGACGUAUGGGCUAAAACAUCCCCGGAUCGAGGUAUGGCUGUUUGGGCUUUAUGGCCAAUGGGUGGAGCUUGGCUUUGUUGUCAUCUAUGGGAGCAUUACACUUAUACAUUGGAUAAGGAAUUUCUAAAAAAUAAAGCAUAUCCUUUGUUGGAAGGAUGUACAUUGUUUUUGUUGGAUUGGUUGAUUCAAGGCCCUGGUGGAUUAUUGGAAACUAACCCAUCAACUUCACCGGAACACAUGUUCAUUGCACCAGAUCAAAAGCAAGCUAGUGUUAGCUACUCAUCAACCAUGGACAUUUCAAUCAUAAAAGAAGUUUUCUCUAUAAUCAUUUCUGCUGCUGAGGUUUUGGGAAGACAUGAUGAUACUACUAUCAAGAGAGUUAUUGAGUCUCAGUCUAAACUUCCUCCUACAAAAGUUGCUAGGGAUGGUUCCAUUAUGGAAUGGGCUGAAGAUUUCCAGGACCCGGAUGAACAUCAUCGACAUGUUUCACAUCUGUUUGGCUUGUUUCCGGGGCACACAAUAAAUCUUGAGAAAACUCCGGAUCUUUGUAAAGCCGUGGAUUAUAGUCUAAUCAAAAGAGGAGACGAAGGUCCCGGGUGGUCAACGACUUGGAAAGCUGCAUUGUGGGCUCAUCUUCACAACAGUGAGCAUGCAUAUCGCAUGAUAAAACACUUGAUUGUCUUGGUGGACCCUGCGCAUGAAGGAGAUUACGAAGGAGGGCUUUACAGUAACCUGUUCACAACACAUCCUCCAUUCCAAAUUGAUGCAAACUUUGGUUUUACAUCAGCAAUUGCAGAAAUGCUUGUUCAGAGCACAACAAAGGACCUCUACUUACUUCCGGCAUUGCCUCGUGAUAAAUGGGCAAAUGGUUGUGUCAAAGGAUUAAAAGCGCGUGGUGGCGUGACAGUUAACAUCUGUUGGAAAGAAGGAGAUCUGCAUGAAGUUGGUCUUUGGUCACAAAACCAGAAUUCCAGAAUGAGACUGCAUUACAGAGGGAGCAUGGUCAUGGCAAAACUAUCACCAGGCAGAGUUUACUCGUAUAAUAAUCGGUUGAAGUGUGUUAAGACAUACUCCCUUAACGAAGUGAAUCCUUAAAUGUUUUUAUUCUUCCAAUUUUGCAAUAAAGUCUUAAGGAACAUGCAUUACUUUUUACAAUUUGCUAUUGGACAUAGUUUGCUGGAUCCUGAUAUGUCUUCUUGUUUCCUAUAACUAUUCUUCCGCGAGUUAUUUAGCCUCGGAAGAUGUAAUUUAAUGGAGAAGCAUUUUGUUAAUGCAAUUGUCGUGUUGUUUUCGCUUUGAAUAUUAGUAUUGGAACUGACAUGGUUGUUUGAAA